UCUCACCCUCCCAGGCUGACUGACAGGGCUCUGUGGCUGUGUGUGAGUGUGUGUGAGUGUGUGUGUGUGAGUGUGUGUGGAUGAGUGUGUUGCAGAGUGGGGAGAGUGUGUCUGAGCAGAUUUAGAGAGAGAGAGAGAAAAGAGGAGCAGCAGGUUUGUUUUCUGAUGAAGACAAUUUAGAAAAGUGGGAUGAUGAUGAUGAUGAAGACGCCGGGAUUCCCUCGGCCUCUGAGGGCUCAGACGAGCCCAGGGCUCCAGACUAAGUGCUAACCAUGCUGCAGCAUUCCGAACCAACUUCCAGCACCCUGCAGCUGGUGGCCAAUGAUAUGACCGAAAUCAUGGAGACGCUCGACACCCGCGAGCUGGACCUGGAAGACGGAGAGUACGACACGGCGGACACCAACGUGGCAGCGGAGCAUUUGCCUUUCAAGGUGAUCUACCACACUGUGGGUUUCAAGGAGUCCCAGGCCAAAGUCUUCCUGUCGUCUCCCAUCACGGCCAAGAUCCUUGAGGUGGAGCGCUUCACGUCCGCCCAGGACCGCUUCAACAUCACGGCGCAGAGGAGUGUCAACAAGUCACUGCCAGCGGUGUUUAAGAUCGAGCUGAAACACGGGGAGUUCACAUGGCUGGUGAAGAGGAAGGAGAAACACUUCAUGGAUCUGCACCGAGAGCUCAGGACGUACAAAACCUUCAUGAGGCUGCCGCUGCCGUCACGCAGCCACACAAUAAAGCGGCACACGGGGGAGAGGAGUGAGGUGAGGCAGAUUCCGAACCUUCCCAGAGGAGGCGGAGACGAGCUGGCCAGAGAGGAGCAAGUGUCCAGUCGCAGGAAACAAUUGGAAGAUUACUUGAACAAGCUGCUAAAGAUGCCGAUGUACAGGAACUACCAUGCCACGAUGGAGUUCAUUGAUGUCAGUCAACUGUCCUUCAUCCACGACCUGGGACCAAAGGGCCUAGAAGGGAUGGUGCUGAAGCGAUCCGGCGGACAUCGUAUCCCCGGGUUGAACUGCUGUGGUCGCAGCAACAUCUGCUACCACUGGUCCAAACGCUGGCUGGUGGUGAAGGACUCCUUCCUGGUCUACAUGAAGCCGGAUUCAGGUGCCAUCUCCUUUGUGAUGCUGGUUGACAAAGAGUUCGGCAUUAAGAUGGACUCCAAAGACACGGAGACCACACAUGGUGUCCGUGUCGACAGCCUGUCCAGGUCUCUGGUGCUGAAGUGCAGCAGCUACCGACACGCCCGCUGGUGGGGUCAGUCACUGGAAGGCUUCGUCCAGAAGCACGGCGCGGCCUUCCUCACCGACCACCGCUUCGGAUCCUUCGCCAGGCAGGAAGAGAACAUCCCCGCCAAGUGGUACGUGAAUGGGAAAACAUACAUGGAGGACGUAGCAGAUGCUCUUGAAGAAGCCAAAGAGGAAAUAUUCAUCACAGAUUGGUGGCUGAGUCCAGAGAUCUUCCUGAAGAGACCCGUCGUUGAAGGCAACCGCUGGCGUCUGGAUUGCGUCUUGAAACGCAAAGCGCAACAAGGAGUUAAGGUCUUUGUGAUGCUGUACAAGGAGGUGGAGUUGGCGCUGGGCAUCAACUCGGGCUACAGCAAGAGGACGCUGCGGCACCUCCACCCCAACAUCAAGGUGAUGCGUCACCCAGACCACGUCUCCUCCGCCGUCUACCUGUGGGCGCAUCACGAGAAGAUCAUCAUCAUCGACCAAUCCGUGGCCUUCGUGAGCGGGAUAGACCUGGCGUACGGACGCUGGGACGACAGGGAGCACCGGCUGACGGACGUCGGGAGCGUGACGCUUUCUCACCUGGAGCAGGCGAGCUCCGCCUCCUCCAGUAACGCUGCCCCACCCAACGGCAGCGGCGCCGUUUCCCAGAGCAACGGGAAAAGCAUUUUCACCGUGACGGACUCUGUGGACCAGCCCAAGCUGAAGAGUCAGGGGAGGAUGAAGAGGACCAAGUUCAGCAUCAGGAGACACCUGCAGAAACACGGCCUGGCUCAGGUCGACAGCGACAGCGACCUGGAGACUGAAGAGAGUAGCGGCUCGGUGCGGACCGGGGUCGGAGAGCUGUUUGGAAACACACGCUUCUGGCACGGAAAAGAUUACUGCAACUUCGUGUACAGGGACUGGAUUCAGCUGGAAAAACCCUUCGAUGAUUUCAUCGACAGACACACAACUCCCAGAAUGCCUUGGCACGACAUCGCGUCGGUGGUUCACGGCAGCGCAGCUCGGGACGUGGCCAGACACUUCAUCCAGCGGUGGAACUUCACCAAGCUCGUGAAGCCGAAGUACCGCUCGCUGUCGUUCCCCUAUCUGCUGCCCAAGUCUCACACCACAGCAGGAGAGCAGCGCUACCAAGUCCCCGACUGCAUCCCCACCAGAGUACAGAUCCUCCGCUCGGCCUCAGACUGGUCCGCCGGCAUCAAAUACCACGAGGAGUCCAUCCACAACGCCUACGUCCACGCCAUCAAGAACAGCCAACACUUCGUCUACAUCGAGAAUCAGUUCUUCAUCAGCUGCGCAGAUAACCGGCACGUUUUCAACAAGAUAGGCGACGCUAUUGCCGAGCGAAUCAUCAGAGCGUACAGGGAGGGUAAAAGAUACCGAGUGUACGUGGUGACGCCUCUGCUGCCAGGCUUUGAAGGAGACAUCAACACAGGGGGGGGCAGCGCCAUCCAGGCUGUCAUGCACUUCAACUACAGGACCAUGAACCGAGGAGAACACUCCAUCAUCUCCCAGCUCCGGAAAGAGAUGGGAGACCAGUGGAUGAACUACAUCUCCAUCGCUGGUCUGCGGACUCAUGCCGAGCUGGAGGGGAAACUCGUCACCGAGCUCAUCUACGUGCACAGCAAGAUGCUCAUCGCCGACGACAACACCGUCAUCAUCGGCUCGGCCAACAUCAACGACCGGAGCAUGCUGGGGAAGAGGGACAGCGAGGUUGCGGUGAUCGUGGAGGACUCGGAGACGGUUGCCGCGGUGAUGGACGGGCAGCCGUACCAGGCUGGGAGAUACGGUCUGCAGCUGCGUCUCGAGUGCUUCAGGAUGAUCCUCGGCGCCUUCACAGACGCCUCCAUCGACGUCUCAGAUCCCAUCAGCGACCACUUCUACAAGGAGGUCUGGAUGGCCACCUGCGCUCGCAACGCCACCAUCUACCAGAAGGUUUUCCGCUGUCUGCCAUCCAGCGACGUGCGUAACAUCCUGGAGCUGGAGGGCUACCUGGCGAAGGAAGGCCUGGAGAAGGAGGACCCGGCCCGAGCCCGCGAGGAGCUGAGGAAGAUUCGCGGCUUCCUGGUCCAGUUUCCUCUUCAGUUCCUGUGUGAGCAAAACCUGCUUCCUCCCAUCGGCUCCAAGGAGGCCAUGGUGCCGAUGGAGGUCUGGACCUGAGACUCCCCUGUGUGUGUUCAUGUGGUAGACACACACAACCUGCCGCCAUUUUGGAGAUUCUAGUGGCUGAAAGAAACGUUGAUUUAUAAUCGUAUAUCUUGUCCAGUGGCUCGUAGUCAUGUGUUAACCCUGAAUUAAGAAUCCACAUAAAAACUAUUUAUAUGUUCAGUGAACAACACAGUUUUUAAGUUGAUGAAAUGAGAAGUGAACAGGAAGGAAAGAGGCCUUGUUUUCUUUUGUCCGUCUGCGUAUAGAGAUUAUUUUUCACACGGGAGUUGUUUCUCAAGAAGUCGCUGUAGGUUUUUACGAUUUAGAAAACGCAUCUAGUCUGGUUUACUCUCCACUAGUGACAAUUCAGCCACAGUGAUUAGGAACAAAAACGUAGCUGAUCAGUCGCUCCAUGUCUCAGCCUGGUUUGCAGACAUUUACACUACGACCUCCAAAAUGGCGUCCGCUGUGCUUGCUGCCGAUUUGUGAUGACGCCUCUGAACUGUCGGUGCCACUGAGAGCACACACAUAACAUCACACUGCAUCACACACACUCACACAUGCACACAAGACCCCGUGAGACUGAAAACCUGACGUUUACAAGAGGAGAAUGAAGACGUGGAAGUGACGGACUGUUCCUCCUUCCAGAGCUAGUACUCUAAGAUCUCCGCUCCCCUGCUCUUUGACAACACUAUGCAAUGUCCGGGGGUCUGUGAACGCAGCUCGGACUGUUCUGCGCUUGAAAAGACACUAAAAGGAGACUUCGAUGAAGACGGCGGCGCAGAGACGAGGAUGAAGAGCUUUUUAAUAUCCAUGUCAAACAGAAAAUCACGAGUGCCAAAGAAGACGGACUGUAGCCUGAUGUUAAGACAUUUACAUUCCUCGUUACACUGAAGUGACCUGUUUUUAUACGUCUGCUCUCGGUGGUUCCUUUGGUGCUGCUUUAUGUUAUGGAUCUGAGUCCUGGGAGGUUUUCUGGAAAGAAGUGAUGAAUUUGAUCAUUCAGUUAAUUUAUUAGAAAUGUUGCUCAUGUAAUGGUUCAAUUGUAUUUGUACCGGUUUCACUUGUAGUUAUUCACAAUUAAUUUGUUUCCAGGAAAUGAAGCGUCGUCAACAUUCGCAGCUGCACGUGCAAUUUUUCUUUCACCUUCUGCACCGAGGUGUUUUAUCAGUCAAGAACCUUUCGCAGCCGAAGAAACUGAAUCUGGUGAACAGGUCAAAGGUGAAAUAAUAUAAACUCAAGUUAUGCUUUUUAAACUUUAAACCGUCGUCUCUGGAUUUCCGAUUUUCUGGAAAGCGCCAACAUUCCUCCGUGUCUUCCUGUUGGUCUGUAAAUUAUCUGCAUGAUGCUGUUUAGUGCUUUGAAUUUGAAGAGACGUUACCUUGAGCUGAGAGCAUGAGAGCAGCUCGUUGCCAUUAAACCCGACGGGUAAAAGCAUGAAGCCCUGCAAACUGAACGGUUCGUUCAAAGCCAUGGACUGUGAUGUUGCUAAAAGACGUGCCUGUCUCCAAACUGACGCUUCUCUUCUGUCCAUAUCGCUGGGACAUGGGCCGUGAAGCGUGCUCCUCUUUUUCUUCUUCCUCUCUACCUCCUUGUGUUUCUACCUCCAGAGCGCAAAGAGAAACAAGCGUGAAUAUUUGCAGCCGCACCUUAAGGGAACCAAGUGAAGUCGCCUGAACGGAAAAAGAAGCGUUCAAAGUUUGCUGUCGUGUGCAAUAACCAGCCUGUUUCCAUCCAAACCGGAAUCUGUAGAAGAAACAGAAAGAUGACUUUAAAGUGCUUCACUUAUUUAUACUUGGAUCCAUAAGAAGCUUAAAUGAGCCUGGGACCUUUUCUCUUUUCCUCAGACCUGAGCUGCAGAGGUUGACAAACAGAGCCCAGCUUCCUGUAUCACUGUGUCUCUAUGGAAACUGCACUAUUUGCACAGACUGUUGUUGUCUCUGGCGACUCCUUCACGAUGAUAUGCAGUACCGCGUCAUGUGUUGGUUGUUUUCUUGUGAAAUUAUGGAAUAAAUAAAUGAGUCAUUAAAACUGGUUUUUUUUA